UUAUCGAGGACCGGUGCACCGAGUCACCAGAGCAAUGCAGGAUCACCUAGAGAGGAAAUUCAAUAAUCAACGUCGGUGAUUAUCGGCUUGUGCGUGGUUUGAUUAGAUGAUAAGCCGGAGCUCAGGAGGAACUCAGGGAGGAACACGACACAGAGGAGCUGGAUUAGCAGUGAAGGAAGGCAUCAGGAGUAAAAGAACUGUACUCUUUCAGCCAAAGCAAUGAGGCCACCGAUCUGCAGCGCCGCGUGGCGUCUUCUCGUCAUCGGGUUGCUGUACCUUCCUGGAUGGCAUGUUGAUGGGGGCGAAGUUUUGGAGCCAUGCAACGGCACAGACUGCUCCACGUGCAGGUGCCAACCUACCAAAGGUGCUCGGGGGGCACCAGGGCGACUGGGUGAACAGAGUAUUCAGGGAGAGUACGGUCCACACGGCCCACCAGGACGACGAGGUGUGAUGGGCAGAAGAGGGACUGAAGGAGAAGAAGGGCCUGAUGGACCUCCAGGGGACAGAGGGAUUACUGGUGUCCCAGGUUUUCCUGGAGCAAAUGGUGUGGAUGGACAUGUUGGUGACAGAGGACUUCCGGGAACACUGGGAUCAUGCGGCACUAAAGGGACUCAGGGGGAAAAAGGUGUCCCUGGGACACAUGGGUUUGAUGGAACAACUGGACAACGUGGACGUAAAGGACAGAAAGGCAUGAAGGGGGAGCCGAUCUUCGCCGAUAUAUAUCUGCGAGCUCCGGGUCCAGCUGGCCUUCCUGGAUUCCCCGGCAUCCUUGGUGUACCGGGAAUUCCAGGCUCAUAUGGCCCAGAAGGCUUAAGAGGCCCCCCAGGGAUACAAGGAUUACCGGGCAAGUCACUUCCGGGUCCGAGAGGAGACGACGGAGACCCUGGAAAACCUGGUCCACCUGGUCCACCAGGUCCUCCAGUAACACCUGGACCUGACGAUCUUCCUAAAGGAGAAAAGGGAGAAAAGGGAGAAAAGGGUCGCUGUGGGCCAGAUGGACCAGAUGGACCCACAUCAGGCCCUCGUCUGAAAGGGGAGAAAGGAAUUCUUGGGUUUCCUGGUUUCAAAGGUCUCCAAGGUAAAGAUGGACCAGCAGGACCUCCAGGUCUACAGGGACCCAAUGGAGACCCAGGUCCACCUGGUCACCGAGGUCACCCUGGUCUGAAGGGUGAAAUGGGGGAUCCAGGUUUGAAAGGUCCUCUAACUGUUCUGAACAUAGAGCGAGGGCCACCUGGUGAUCCAGGGCCAUGUGGACCAGCUGGGCCACCUGGGGAUCAUGGAUUAAUGGGAGAUCCAGGAUUCCCUGGCCAUCCAGGAGAAACUUUCCCAGGACCUUCUGGACAUCCUGGACUGCCAGGUUCUGACGGACCCAAAGGGUUCAAAGGAGACUCGGGACUGCUUAUUGAAUUAGAACCAGGACCUCCUGGGCCACCUGGGCUUCCUGGGCUUCCUGGGAUCAAAGGAGUCCAAGGUCAACCUGGUUUACCUGUUAGAUCAGCUAAGUGUUGUCCUUCUGGUCUGGAAUCACCAGGGGAAAAAGGGGACAGAGGAUUGAAUGGAGUAAAAGGUGCUAAAGGGCAAAAAGGUUAUCCUGGGGAUAAUUAUUGCAAUUUGGGUCGGGAAGGGCCACCUGGUCCUGCUGGUCCUCCUGGACCCCCAGGAUACGAUGGAGUUCCUGGGAGUGCAGGAGAGAGAGGUGAUCCAGGGGCCCCUGGAGAUCCAGGUCUAGCUGGUGCUAUUGGACGCCGAGGCCCAAGUGGUCCACAAGGUUACAAAGGUCAGAAAGGAGACGCUUAUUUUUCAGCAGUAAAAGGCAUAAAAGGAGAUAGGGGUGAUGCCGGGUUCCCUGGUCAACUAGGAGAUAAUGGCCAGCCAGGAGUUUCAGGACCUCAAGGUUCAGAUGGAGACCCAGGACCACCAGGAGAUGGGUAUCAAGGUCUGAGAGGAUACAAAGGCUUCCCAGGACCCAUAGGGCCUAAAGGUUACCCAGGGCUUCGAGGUCCUCCAGGCCAAGGUAUUCAAGGUCCUAUGGGGCUGCCAGGAGAACCAGGAAACCAAGGCCCUGAUGGCCCGCCUGGAUUUCCUGGACCUCCAGGUCUUCCCGGGCCUUUAUGUUGUACGGAUAACUCUGGGCCCCCAGGACCAAAGGGUGACACUGGCAACCAAGGAGCCCCUGGGCCACCAGGACCACCUGGAUAUGGCGGCCCUCAUGGAAUACCAGGCCCAAAAGGAGAACAAGGAGAUAAUGCCUUUGGAGGAUAUGGGCCUCAAGGUCUUCCAGGAUUGCCUGGUGAUCCAGGUGAUCCAGGUCCCACUGGAAGCAGCUAUGUUGGCACACCAGGCUCACCUGGACCACAAGGCUCGCCAGGGCUCAAGGGGUCUCAAGGUGAUGAUGUCUCUGGUAGUCCUGGAAUUCCUGGACAAGUUGGAUUACCUGGAAGCCCUGGUCCAAAGGGUGUUCGUGGUCUAUUGGGUCCUCCUGGAGUAACAGGAGAAAAUGGGCCCCCAGGUCCUCGCACAUGUAAAGGACAGGCUGGGGAUGAUGGGGACCCAGGUUCACCUGGAAUACCAGGGACUACACCUGAUUUUUGUGCUACUCUCCCAGGCUUACCAGGUUCAGCAGGUCCCCCAGGCCUCCUAGGACCUGAGGGUCUGCCUGGACUGCCAGGUAUAAAGGGAGAAAAGGGACUGAUUGGUAUUCCAGGAUAUGGACCAAAUGGUCCUUCAGGCAAACCUGGCCUACCUGGCCCUCCUGGUCCGCCUGGGCCAUAUGGUUCGAAAGGAGCACAUGGUGAACCAGGUCUACCAGGGCUUCCUGGGGUAAAAGGAAUUGAAGGGGAACCUGGUUUAAAUGGUGCACAAGGAUUUCCUGGGAUGCCAGGCUUACCGGGGCCUCCAGGCAGGAAAGGAGAGAGUGGUAAUCAGGGGCCAAGUGGUUUGACUGGAGACAUUGGAUACAAAGGAUACAAAGGUAUUAAGGGAAGUCAGGGGAUUCCAGGCAAUUUCACCAUGCUGAAAGGCAACAGGGGUGUACCUGGACUCAAUGGAGAAUCAGGAUUCCCAGGACCAAGAGGACAUCAAGGUCCAUCUGGGUUGCCUGGUAAACCGGGUCUGGAUGGAUUUCAUGGUGGCCAUGGAUUUCAGAAAGGUUUCCCUGGCUUGCCUGGAAGAAAUGGCCCUCAGGGACCACCAGGUCCACGAGGGCCCAGAGGAUAUUCAGGUGACAGGGGAUUCCCAGGAUUCGCUGGAAAGCAGGGUGAUUUAGGUUUCCCUGGACUAAAUGGUCCCCCAGGCUACCAGGGGCUGCCAGGCAACAAAGGUGACAAAGGAGAUUCUACUGGAUGUUCUGGUCCUCCUGGACCAAAGGGGGAUAUGGGUGAUAGUGGAUGCCAAGAAUGUCCAGCUGAAUUUGGAGAUCCAGGAGACCCAGGGAAUCCUGGACAUCAAGGUCCACAGGGACAGCCUGGUCGUUCUGGUCCUUCUGGACCACCAGGUCCUUAUGGAUCUCAAGGAAACAGAGGUCCUCCAGGUCUUUCUGGUCCUUUGGGUCCUCCAGGCUUUCCAGGGUUUCCUGGGUUUCCUGGUCUACCAGGUCAGAAAGGGUUUCAAGGACCACCAGGUCUCGAUGGUCUAAAUGGAUUCCCUGGUCCAAAAGGAGAGAAAGGCUGGUGUGGUAAUUAUAUCAUUGGCCUUCCUGGGUUACAAGGUGAUCCAGGAGACCAAGGCCCAUCUGGUGACCCAGGAAUCCCUGGAGACUUUGCAUUUGGGCCCAAAGGACAGAUUGGAUAUCCUGGAGACCAAGGUCCCCCAGGUAUUCCAGGUCUACCUGGUGCCCCAGGUGCAAGCUGUGGAACAUUAAUUCAAGGACUCACUGGGGACCGAGGACCAACUGGAUUUCCAGGACAUCCAGGACUUGCAGGUCCCCCUGGACCUCCAGGUUUAGCUUUUUCUGGAGAUCCUGGGGAUAAAGGACCACCAGGACUACCAGGGCGAGAUGGUGUGAGAGGUGCAGCUGGACCCCCAGGAGAUACUGGCUUUCCUGGACCACCAGGAUUCAAAGGGCAGAAAGGACUUCCCGGUUUAAUCGGUUUCACAGGAUCAGAAGGUUUCAAAGGAAGUGAUGGACCACCAGGGUUCAAAGGUGAAAAAGGGAUCACAGGGGCCAAGGGUCCCAAAGGUCGUAAUUGUAUAGUGGUACCACCCUCUCAAAACCGCCCUCACAGUGGGCCACCUGGACGACGUGGGGCGCCAGGACCUCCAGGAUUCUUAGGAAUAGUUGGACGCCCUGGAAAUCCAGGAGCCAUUGGUUCCAAGGGCCAGACAGGCCGUCAUGGGUUGCCUGGAAGACCAGGAGCUGCAGGACUUCCAGGCCCACCUGGAGAUGCUGGAGAUCGUGGGCAAGAUGGUUUUGUAGGGCCACAAGGCCUACCAGGGCCCCAGGGUGAGCCAGGUAUCCCAGGACCAGUGAAUCCAGUGGGCUCUGGCUUUCUCCUGGUGAUCCACAGUCAGUCAGAAGUGGUGCCGGAGUGUCCAACAGGCAUGCCUUUACUCUGGAGUGGUUAUAGUCUUCUUUAUUUGGAGGGCCAGGAGAAAGCUUACACACAAGACCUGGGCCGAGCUGGCUCUUGUCUGCGUGUUUUCAGCACCAUGCCCUUCUCCUACUGUAACUCUGCCGCCUGUCACUAUGCCAGUCGCAAUGACAAAUCCUACUGGCUGAGCACCAAUAACCCAUUGCCCAUGAUGCCCGUAUCAUGUGGAGAGAUCUACCAAUACAUCAGCCGCUGCGCGGUGUGUGAAGCUCCGGCUCUAGCCGUGGCAAUCCACAGCCAGAACACCAGCGUGCCCAGCUGUCCAGUCGGCUGGAGCAGUCUGUGGAUUGGCUACUCGUUCCUCAUGCACACUGGCUCGGGUGAUGAAGGUGGUGGUCAGUCUCUCACCUCAUCUGGAAGCUGUCUGAAGGACUUCAGGACUCAGCCGUUUGUGGAGUGCCAGGGUCCACGUGGAACGUGCCACUUUUUUGCCAAUGUCUUCAGCUUCUGGCUGACCGGCGUGAGCCAUGAGGAGGAGCGUGGCUUAGCACCACGGACUCACACUCUGAAGACCAAUUCGCAGCAGCGAGCGUGCAUCAGCCGCUGCCAUGUUUGCAUGAAGCAAUGAUGAACUGAAGUGGCCAGGUCAGCGUAGUUCAUUCCCAAAUGUCUUCAAUUUAUGAUUUCUUUUAAUGAGCUAUAUUAUUAACUGUUUGACUGAACAGCAUCUUUAACAUGAUUAAACAUCUUUAGUAUUCGAAUCAUUGUUAAUUCAUGAAAAUUCAUCUUAAUACAGGUUUACUUAAAGACAUUUGUGGGGGGUUUUUUUAAUGUGUUUUUUUAAAAAUAUUCUAUUAUUUAUUUAUGUAUUACUUAAUACUCCGUUAUUUGGACCAAAUGUGAAAUGUUAGAGAAAACAUCAAAGUUUUGUCCAUCCAGGCUUGCAUUAUGAUUUGUUUGUUAAUGAUUAUGAAUAAACUGUUA